UUCCUUUUCGUCAACAUUACAGUUCAAUUCGACUGCUUCCCGGUAUACGACAUAAACGGUAACGUAGACGCAACCAACGUAAAGCGCCAUGAAUCCUUUAAGCAUUUUUUGUCUGGUGGCCGUUUUGGCUGCAGCAACAACGGUGUGCGGCAGAAGCAACUCAAUACGUGAUAGCUUGAAGCCCACUGAGUGGAUUUCUCCACGUGAAUUGGAGAAUGCACCUUCAGUGGAUGAGAUCACUUUCGAAAAGUUGCAGGAAAUGCCCGCUGAGGAAGCCGCUGAUUUGGUGAACAAGAUUUAUCACUUGUCGCAGUUGAGCCGGAAAAUUGAGCCCAGUUAUGCACCUAGUCCCAGCGAUAUUCCUGCCUACACCUACACACCCACUGGUCAGCGCGUCAACUUCAAAUUGAAUCAGUUGGUAUCCACCGCCCAGCAACAGCCCCAUUUCGGCAAGCAAGAAGUCACCAUUUUCAUCACUGGUCUCCCACAACAGAAACUGCGUGAUGCUGCACGCGCCAACCAGAAGCUCGUACAAGCUUAUUUGCAGGCUUACAAUGGACAAGUGCAAGUACAAGGUGGUCAGAAUGAUGAUUCUGAGCAGGAUACUUCAUCAAGCGAGGAAGCCUCUAGCCGUUCAAGCAGUCAACCUAAACCUAGCGGUAAUUUAGUGGUCAUUGAUUUGGGUGCCGUCAUACGCAACUUCGAAGAACUCGCUUUGCUCGAUAUCAACCGCGUCGGUGCUGCUAUCGGUAACAGUUUGGUGCAACUUACCUCGCAAACGGAUGUACCACAGGAAGUGAUCUAUAUUGUUGCACAAGGUAUUGGCGCUCAUGUUGCCGGUGCUGCUGCUCGUCAAUUCACACGUCAAACCGGCAACACUUUGCGCCGCAUCACAGCUAUGGAUCCCUCGAAAAUUUUCGCCCGCAAACCCAACACUUUGGUCGGCUUGGCUCGCGGUAAUGCUGAUUUCGUUGAUGCCAUCCACACUUCGGCUUAUGGCUUGGGUACCGCUAUGCGUGUCGGUGAUGUUGACUUCUAUCCCAAUGGCCCAUCUGUUGCCAUGCCCGGUACUGAUGACAUUAUCGAAGCUUGCUUACGUGCUACCCGCUACUUCGCCGAGACAGUACGUCCAGGCAAUGAUCGCAACUUCCCAGCUGUCGCAGCCGAGUCUCUACAACAGUAUAAAAACAACAAUGGCAAUGGCAGACGCGCUUACAUGGGUAUUGCCGCUGACUACGAUUUGGAGGGUGACUACAUUCUGCAAGUGAAUCCAAAAAGCCCCUUCGGUAAAAGUGCACCAGCCAAGAAACAGAACUCCUAUCAUGGAAUACAUCAGGCAUCCGGUCGCAAUUCGAACAACUAAACUACGGUUAAAGGCGGAAAAGAAAAUGGCUAAGCUUUAAAUAGAUUUUGUAUUUUAUUUUCAUUGCAUUAGAACUUUUUUAUACUAUACCCUUAAAUUCCGACAUAAAGCUGUAAAACUGAUUUGUAAAUAAACGCAAUUGGUAUUAAAGAA